AUGUCCUUGUUGAGGCUGGUUUUGGGUUCUGGACUCAGAGGAACUGUUAAAUCUAGUAAUGUGUUAUUUAAAGGUAUAUCUAGAGGAGUUCCAUCUUUGAUGGUGAAUGGUAAGAAUGUUUCUAAUGUUAUGAGGGAAUUGAGGUUUGUUCGUUCUUUGAAUACUACUAGAAUUUUGAAAAACGCUAGUGUUGCUUCUUCUAGUAUUUUAGAACAAAGUGCUAAAUCUUCUAUUGGUGGUAAGAAGAAGAUUCUAUUCUCUUCUAAAUCUGUUGCCUAUUGGUUAAUGGGUACUUCUGGUUUGGUUUUUGGUAUUGUUAUUUUAGGUGGUUUGACAAGACUGACAGAAUCUGGGUUAAGUAUUGUUGAAUGGAAACCUGUUACUGGUGCUAUUCCCCCUUGGACUCAAGAGGAAUGGGAAGCUGAAUUUGAAAAAUAUAAAUCAUCUCCUGAAUUCCAGCAAUUGAACUCUCAUAUCGACUUAGAUGACUUUAAGUUCAUCUUCUUUAUGGAAUGGUUCCAUAGAUUAUGGGGCCGUGCCAUUGGUGCUGUUUUCAUCCUACCUGCAAUUUAUUUCGCUGUCAGCAAGAAGGCUUCUCCUCAUGCUAACAAGAGAAUCUUUGGUUUGACUUGUUUAUUGGGUUUGCAAGGUGUCAUCGGUUGGUGGAUGGUUUACUCAGGUUUGGAUCAACAACAACUGGACGCUAGAAAAUCAAAACCAACUGUUUCUCAAUAUAGAUUGACUACUCAUUUAGGUGCUGCUUUCUUAUUAUAUAUGGGUAUGAUCUGGACUGGUUUCAACAUUUUGAGAGAAAACAAAUGGGUUAGAAAUCCAAAAGAAGCUAUGUCAAUUUUCAAACAAUUAGAUGGUUCACCAGCUGGUAAGAUUAGAAAAGCGGCUAUCUUGGUCCUAGCUUUUACCUUCUUUACUGCCAUGUCUGGUGGUAUGGUUGCUGGUUUGGAUGCUGGUUUAAUCUAUAACAGUUUCCCAAAGAUGGGUGAACAUUGGGUUCCAAAUUCUCGUGAAUUAAUGGAUCCAAGUUAUGCCCGUACUGAAGAUAAGAGUGAUCUAUGGUGGAGAAAUUUAUUAGAAAACCCAACUACCGUCCAAUUGGUCCAUAGAAUCUUGGGUUGCUCAGCUUUUCUUGCCGUAUUUGGUUUACACAUGAUGUGUAGUAAGAACAAGACUGCUAUCCCAAAAAAUGCCAAUACUAUGGUUCAUGCUAUGAUGGGUUUGGUUACUUUACAAGUUGCCUUAGGUAUCUCCACCAUCAUCUACAUUGUCCCAAUUCCAUUGGCCGCUGCUCAUCAAGCUGGUGCAUUGGCUCUGUUUACCAGUUCGAUCUUAUUCGCUGCUCAAUUAAGAAAGCCAAGAUUACCUGUUAGAAAUGUCAUUUCUGUCUUGGCGGAUAAGGCUGCUUCUCAGCCUGGUAGCAAGAUUUUGAGAGAAACAUCCAAACUUGCUAAAUAG